CCGGCCGCCGAGCUGCGCGGCCUGCAUGACAAGGCAGUGACUGGCAUUGACGCGACCCCUAACGGGCUCGGGCUGUCGUGCUCCGCGGACGAGACGCUGCGGAUCUGGGAGACAGACGGUGGCACCGUCAGGAGGCAACUGGAGGGCCACCUGGGGGAGGUAUACACGUGCCGGUUCUUCCCAUCGGGCGUGGUGGCGCUGAGCGGCGGCGUGGAUAUGCAGCUGAAGAUCUGGUCUGCCGAGUCCGGCCGCUGCGCCGCCACGCUUCGCGGCCACACCGCUGCCGUCCAGCACACGGCCAUCGUCGACCGCGGCAGGAACGUCCUCUCCGUGUCCAGGGACGGCCGCUGCAAGCUGUGGGACGUGGGAGAGCAGCGCUGCCUGGCCGACCUCUGCUGCCUCGAUUCGCCCGUCAACUGCGUGGCGCUGGGCGACCUGCCCGACGGCGUGGAGCGAGGAGUGCGCACCGAGCCGCCUGACGAGCGCGAGGUGGGCACUGAGGGCCGGCUGGUGGCGCUCGGCGCCGAGGACGGCUCCGUUCGCCUGCUGCACGCCCACUCGCGCCACCUGGUGGGCCGCUGUGGACCCGACUGUGAGCCCGUGUACGGCCUGAGCGCCGCCGGCGCCGCCCUCUUCACGGCCGCACGCGACGGCUGCGUGCGCCGAUACCGACUGCCGCUGUAG